CCACAACAACCGCCCUCCAUCAGUUACUCCGCUUUUAGAGAAGCUGCCUUAAGACUCCAGGAAAGUACAAGGAUAUCUGGCGGCAGUCAGCUUUAACCCCCUCUUUUUCUUUCCCCAGUCAAUCUUUUACCCCAUGUUGCUACUCGUCUGCUGGUAUUUACUGCGCAAUUUUUGGCGCGAUGUUGCGAUUCUUACAACCAAGUGAGUCUCUAUGUUGGACUCGCUUGGGGUUAUUCUGGUCCUCUUAUCGUCCUUCUCGGCCAACCAAUCUCCGCUAUCACUAUCAAUCUCCACAUCUCAUACUUCGCAAUCCUACUACAACCCCUUCGAGAUCGGUAAGAGUCUGGACUAGGCCGCGCACAAGAAGGCAGGUGACGCCUUUGGACACGAAGAAGGAUUACUUCCAGAAAUAUGAAUACUUUCCAAUGAUGAGUACAACGGAAAUUCUGAACAGCAAUCCUGCUUCGGAGCGACGACGCGGUCCACGAUGGGACACCCGGCAAGAGAAGUUGGCUUAUAUGCUUGCCAGCGGCCAACCAGACAUGGUGAUGGAUGUUCUCACUGAUCCUCAAUUCAGCAAUGUGGUAGGAAACUUGCCGGACUCCACCUUCAUCGAGGCCUUUCUGCUUCUCUCUCCCGCCCACUUCAUCGAGCCCUAUCGCAACAUUCACCGAGCGCUUCAUCCGACAGCUGAAAGACUCAUGCGCAUCAAGCAGUUGAAACUCAUCUUCAAUGACUUCGCUGACAACCUCGCAAAAAUUGUCCGCGCCAGGAUCUCCGCUGGACGGUUCUUGGGCCGGGCGGAACUUACCCACCUUCUCGUUUGCGCGGGUGCCAUGGGCGACAUUCGAAUGGCACAGAAGGCAUGGCAGGUCAUGGAUUCCCACGAGGUGAAGCCCGACACCCAGUGUUACAACCAUUAUAUGGAAGCGUUGAUCUGGGAAGGGGCAUUCACUGGCAUGGAGAAAUACCGCUUGAGAAUGACCCCAUAUGCAUAUAAGCAACGAAAAUACGGCCUCGCGGGCAGAGGCUGGGAGGGGUACGGCACCGCAGCACGCAGUGUACUCAGAGAAGUGCGAGGGGUAUUCGAAGAGAUGGUGGAGAGAUCCAUCGCACCGGAUGAGAUGACCUUCACGAACUUGAUCAUUGCAUGUUCCCGCGUAGGCUAUGUUCCUGGAAUGAAGGAUGUUCUGAAAACGACUUGGAAUAUAGAUGUUGAUGAAUUGAAGACCGAAGAAGGCUGGUCAAGGCUGCCUGAGGUUUUUCACCAGGAUCCGGCUUCACCCCUUCGUCCCACAAGUCGACUUCUCUUCGCAGUGGCUCACGCCUUCGGCACAAACAACGACAUGGAAGCUGCACUCCGCCUAGUAGAAGCCAUCUCGACGCAAUACGAUAUACCGGUUCCUGAGAGGGUCUGGUGGGAAUUAUUCGAGCGAGCGUACGUCUUGUCACGUCGCAGGUUUGGUCCCGAUGCCGAGAGAAAUGCGAAAGGGCAGAUAAGCCCGCUCAUUGUGACCAAACUGUUCGAUACAAUGACUGCAGAGCCAUACAACGUGCGUCCCACGAUGGAGGCACGCUGCAAGCUUGCUAAGAUGGCGUGGGAAAGCAAGCGUCUGAAGGAAUUCAAGGCCCAGAUGGCCGCUGCGUACGAGAUUUUGAAAGAGACUCGGCGGAAUCAACGGGAAGCGAGGUCGGCCAUCGAGACGUUCAUCAAGUGGCGCAGUCCACGGAAUUCCCACCAUACCUGGCAAACGCGUGACCUCGCCAAUGCAGUAUACUCCUAUAACAUCCUUUCAGUGCGCACAGCCCAACAGACCGAACUCAUGAACAAGCUCGCCAAACUCCUGCUGAUUCAGCGUUUAUGGACGGGCCGAGAUAAUCCCGCAUGGCAGACGAGUAUAUUUCCUAAAGUGCUGGAAGAGUGGAAGGACUUUCUCCCAGAGGAAUUUUUCUUCUACACCGGUAGCGGCGUUGUGAAUUUUCAUGGACCUGUGCGCUGGGGCACCCAAAAUCGUUACAGUGGGAAGCACAUACCAAUCCGACGGCCGUCGCCGGAUAAUGAUGUCAAACCUGGGGAUGAGGUUGGCUAUGUCGACGACGAGUUCUUCUGGAAAGGCUUUUUGCGAUUCAACCCAGACAUUAAGCCGGACUCUGCAUCCCUCAAGCUGCUAUUCGAGCAGGUUCUUCGGGAAGAUCGAGUCGCGUCUGAGAUUGAGGACCCUCAUCAAAUCGAGUCUGUGAUUUUCGGGCAGCAAGUCGAGUCUGGGGACCCCGAGUAUCCCAAGUAGCGCUUUGCUAUACUUAAAGGUACUAUGGGACCAUUGAUAUUGCGUGCAUAGCGACUUCGUUCUUCGUCUUCUUAACUAGUGCCUGAACAUCAUGUUUUGUUCAAGCUCUUGCUUUCAUCACAAUUGCAGCGUCAUUUAGCGAUGUCUUUUCUCAAGCGAAUGCUGCACAGCCUGGGGGUUUGUUACUCGAUGCAUGGGGCUUGAUCGCCCGUGAGAAUACCCUACCCAUAGUGACAUGUUACGAAUGAUUUCCUGUUUAGUGUUACUUUUAGUCCGGGUCGU